AUGUUCAGUGUACAGAGGUUCUCAAAAAGCCAGUCUCCGUCCCCUGUGGACACAGUUACUGCAGACGCCUUGGAGAAGGUGAUUGAGAAACUCCACCAGGCAUGGUUCAAGGUCCCUGCUCUUCCCAAGCACUGCUACGCUGGACCUGGAUAUGUGGCCUGUGAUCUCUGCACUGAGAAACAGCUCAAAGCUGUGAAGUCCUGUCUGACCUGCACUGCCUCCUACUGUGAGAGCCAUGUCAGACAUCACUACACUGUAGCAGCUCUACAGAGACACACCCUGGUGGAGGUGACUGGAAACCUGGAGCAGAAACUGUGCCAACUGCACCACAAAGCUCUGGAGGUCUUCUGUAAGACAGACCAGGUUAGCUCCUGUAUAACAGUCUUUAAAACAGCAACCACAUUUCUCUACCACAUUGUGUACAGUGUGCUGACAGCCAGUCUACUGACAGAGGACCUCUUCAGUUGUUCAGUGUGUACAGAGGUUCUCAAAAAGCCAGUCUCCGUCCCCUGUGGACACAGUUACUGCAGACGGUGCAUUGAGACCUACUGGAACCAGACAGGAGACUACUACUGCCCCCAGUGCAGAAAGAGAUUCAGAACACGUCCUGACCUCCUCACUAACUCAUCCUUGGAGAAGGUGAUUGAGAAACUCCACCAGGCAUGGUUCAAGGUCCCUGCUCUUCCCAAGCACUGCUAUGCUGGACCUGCAGAUGUGGCCUGUGAUCUCUGCACUGAGAAACAGCUCAAAGCUGUGAAGUCCUGUCUGACCUGCACUGCCUCCUACUGUGAGAGCCAUGUCAGACAUCACUACACCGUAGCAGCUCUGCAGAGACACACCCUGGUGGAGGUGACUGGAAACCUGGAGCAGAAACUGUGCCAACUGCACCACAGAGCUCUGGAGGUCUUCUGUAAGACAGACCAGGUUUCUGUUUGUCUGGUGUGUGCCUUGCAGAACCACAUGAACCACGAUGUCAUAAAGAAUGAGAGAGAUACUGAAGAGGAAAACACCAAAACUCAGGAGGAACAGAUUGCCUCCAGGCUGGAAGCUCGACUCCAGAGAGAGAUCAUGAUUCUACAACAUAAUACAGAGGAGCUUCCUGCUGAGAACUCUGAACAGGUACCAUUUAGUGUCAAUACUUUACCUUCUGGACAUUACUGGUAGCUACCUUAACAAUACUUUACCUUCUAGACAGUACUGGUAGCUACCUUAACAAUACUUUACCUUCUAGACAGACAGUACUGGUAGCUACCUUAACAAUACUUUACCUUCUAGACAGUACUGGUAGCUACCUUAACAAUACUUUACCUUCUAGACAGUACUGGUGGCUACCUUAACAAUACUUUACCUUCUGGACAGACAGUACUGGUAGCUACCUUAACAAUAAUUUACCUUCUAGACAGACAGUACUGGUAGCUACCUUAACACUACUUUACCUUCUAGACAGUACUGGUAACUACCUUAACAAUACUUUACCUUCUAGACAGACAGUACUGGUAGCUACCUUAACAAUACUUUACCUUCUAGACAGACAGUACUGGUAGCUACCUUAACAAUACUUUACCUUCUAGACAGACAGUACUGGUAGCUACCUUAACACUACUUUACCUUCUAGACAGUACUGGUAACUACCUUAACAAUACUUUACCUUCUAGACAGACAGUACUGGUAGCUACCUUAACAAUACUGUACCUUCUAGACAGUACUGGUAGCUACCUUAACAAUACUUUACCUUCUAGACAGUACUGGUAGUUACCUUAACAAUACUUUACCUUCUAGACAGACAGUACUGGUGGCUACCUUAACAAUACUUUACCUUCUAGACAGACAGUACUGGUAGCUACCUUAACAAUACUUUACCUUCUAGACAGUACUGGUAGCUACCUUAACACUACUUUACCUUCUAGACAGUACUGGUAGCUACCUUAACAAUACUUUACCUUCUAGACAGACAGUACUGGUAGCUACCUUAACAAUACUUUACCUUCUAGACAGACAGUACUGGUAGCUACCUUAACAAUACUUUACCUUCUAGACAGACAGUACUGGUAGCUACCUUAACAAUACUUUACCUUCUAGACAGACAGUACUGGUAGCUACCUUAACAAUACUUUACCUUCUAGACAGUACUGGUAGCUACCUUAACAAUACUUUACCUUCUAGACAGUACUGGUGGCUACCUUAACAAUACUUUA